AAAAGCAAAGAAAAUUUCUUCGCCCUCCCGGCUUUUACUGUUCCCAAUCCUAUAAUAUGGCGGACACGCAAACUAGCAGAGAAACUACCCAUCUUAUAUUGCUAUUUUCUCCUUCCAAUUAAAGGUAAAUAUCCAAUUCACAAAUAUAAUAAACAAACAUUCCUCUGAUUAUUUGGAGAGAAGACUAGAAGUACUCUAUAGCUGAAAACAAGCUCAACUUCUAUCCAAGAAAACACACAAGUAAGAGAAGAAUUCAGAAAGGCUUAGAGGGGUUGAAUAUGGAUGUAAAGAAAAUUGUGGUAAUCGUAGAAGAUGUGGAAAUAGCAAAAACUGCACUCCAAUGGACUCUUCACAAUCUCUUACGAUAUGGGGAUAUACUCAUCCUUUUACAUGUUUUCCCUAUCACAAAAUCAAGGAGCAAGAAAAAGCUGAAGAUUUUACGACUCAAAGGUUUUCAAUUGGCUCUCUCCUUCUAUGACCUCUGCAAAAAAUUUCUCAAUACCAAGACAGAAAUUGUGGUUACACAAGGGGAUCAAGAUGGUGGAAAGAUUGCUGACGUGGUAAGGGAAAUUGGUGUUUCUACUGUUGUUGCUGGACUUCAUGAUCAGAGCUUUCUUUACAGGUUGGCCAUGACCCACAACCACAUUGCAAGAAAUUUGAAUUGCAAAGUAGUAGGCAUCAAACAACCAACACCACCUAUGGCCACAAAGACAAGAACCAUUUCUUUUCAUGAUACUUCAACCAACAUGGACUUCUCACAGAUUGAAAUUGAUGCGCUGAGUGUCCCAGAAGUUAAUCCACCAAAAAUUCCGUACCAAGUUUGUCCAGAUCCUCAUUCUAUCAUUUGGAGAUCAGGAAAAUCAAGAAGAUGGGAAACAUGACAUUAAAUCAAGCAAAUAUUUGUCAUUUCAAUGGGGAAUCCAUGUAUAAUUUUUUCCACCAUGUAUUUUGUGAUAGCAAAAAUGACUAUACAUUUUUUGAUUUGACA